AGGUGAGGAAAACUAUUUUUUUCCUUUCAUUUGAGCUACCCUGUUACUCCCCUGUUUCCUCUGUUUUUCCCAACAUUUUAUGGUGGAUAAGAAAAUGUCCUCAAGUGUAUGUCAUGGGUUCCAAUCAUGCCUCGAGCCAAGGCUCGUCGAACCACGUUUUUUGUGGCUGAAACUGGCUCCACCAAAAACGAAUUUUCCUGGCUCCACUGUUUCUACGCCCUGUUUCAAUAACCCUUCCCCUACCGAGCCCAAGCCUAUGCCCCAUAAUCAAGAAAAAAAUACCACCAUCAGCAACAAUAAGAACAACGGGAAUGAUUGCAAACUGAUAGGCAAUCAAAAUAUUGACAUGGGUGGCUGGAGUUUCCUCCAGGCGCUCGCCAAUUCCAAAGAUUCUACCGAGCAUGACAAAGUUUAUUUGGACCCUCUUGUUAAGAGUUCAGCUUCUACGCUAAGUGAAAAAAGUCUUCAAAUGUGCACCGAAAGCUUAGGUAGUGAAACUGGAAGUGAAGUUAGCGAGAGCAGCGAUGACAUUUCCUUGCUUUCAUUAGAAGCUGUGGUUUGCAAUCCAUCAAAACCAAGGGAAAGUUUGGUGACAAGAAAAAGUCUACAGUGCUUCUACAUCGUUGACAAUCAUUAG